AUGGUAAUUUCUAUACCUGAGACAGUGCCAGGUGUUAGAGGUCCAACUGCGACGGAGUUUGCAUGGUCAUGUUUAGAAGCUGAUGUUCAUGAUGCCGAUAAGCAUAUUGUACAGUUCAAAGUCUGUUGGCCAAGUACAGGAGUGACCAUCAUGACUGAUGAUGAGGUUGGUCAUGAAAAUGUGGUCCAAUUAGUUAUUGAUAAUGCUGAGAACUAUAGAAAAGCAGGCUUGUUGCUAAUGGAGAGAAGACCCAAUCUUUAUUGGAUUCCUUGUGCUGCCCAUUAUGUUAAUUUGAUGCUCAAGGAAACAGGGAAGCUGAGGAGGGUUAAAACGUGUAUUUUGAAGAGCAAGUUGAUUACAAGGUUUAUAUAUAAUCACAAGUUCCUUCAUGCUUUGAUGAGGGAGCAUUACAUGCGAGAGAUUGUUAGGGAGUCCACUACUAGGCUCGCUACAACGUUUCUUACGAUACAAUCGUUAUUAAUCAAUAAGGCAGGAUUGAGGUUAAUGAUAUGCUCUAAUGAAUGGCAGACUGAUAGGGCAGCAAUGAGUCAACUUGGAAGGCAAGUUGAGAUCACCCUUCUCGAUCGAAGGUUUUGGGCUCGAUGUAACAAUGUUGUUUCUGUAAAUGAACCUCUAUUGCGAGUGUUGAGAUUAAGUGACUUUGAUGAUAAACCCGCAAUGGGGUGGAGAGACCAACUACAUCGGGAUAUCCAUGCAGCAGGGUUUUUUCUUAAUCUACAAAAUUUGUACCCCAAUGCCACUUUAGAUGAUGAAGAUAUCAUGGAGGGGGUAAAAAACUACAUCUAUAGGCUUGAGCUUGAUAUUGAAACUCAGAUGGAGUGUAUGCAGCAGAUGUUGCAACAUCCAAUGGAGGAGACAUGGCAAUGGACAUGGAUGACGAUUUAUACACAGGAUGAAAAUGAGACAGAGGAUGAUGAAGAGAUAGAUGGGACAAUGAAAAACACCUGGCUAGAACCAGUCAUCCAGGAAUGUGAAGGGACACAACAUCAUGCAGUGUUUGAUGAACAACAAGAUUUAAUGAGAUUGAUCGGGAGGAAGUCGAGGCAUCAAGGCGUAAAAGUGACUCGACAAGGGAGAGACGAAGCCGUAGCCGUCAUCGUAACUGGGUUAUUCAUGAUGAUAAUAACAUUGAAGCUGUUAAGGGCCAUAACACAGAACAGGGUGGGAGUAACACAAAACAAGGGGGGGGAGAGCAUGAAAGUUGGACGAAUCUAG